GGUGUAUUAAUAAGAAUAGGCGGUGCACGGCAAGCUUCUUUUUACGAAACCACCCUCUCGACUCUCAACCAGCAGCUAGAACAGCGGGCAGGCCGGCUCAGGCAACAACCCAGUGGAACCAAACAAGAGAAAUCAAUAAAAUAAAAAUCCCCGUUCUGCCCGAUCUCAUACUUGCUCUCCACUCUCCAAGGAUCUUUUUAGGGCUGAAGAUGGAUGCAGCUACAGCCUCAGCCUCAGCCUCUGUGGUUGGAUCUUCUUUGACUCUACGUCGACCUCCAAGCUCCGUUACCAGAUCGGCUAUUUUGACUGCCAACCAGCCCCAUUUUCUACGUUUCGCUGCCAAACCUCGCCUCCCCUUCUCGAUUAAGCAUUAUUCUCCACUUUCCUACUCAAAACCACGGAAUAGAAGAACGGCUUUGGGGAGUAGGAGAGGCAUGGUUGUGAGGGCAUCAUCAUCUCCUGACUCAGCUGAACCCACUGCUCCCAUUGCACCGCUGCAGAUGGAGUCUCCAAUUGGGCAGUUUUUGUCUCAAAUCUUGAUAAGUCAUCCACAUCUUGUGCCUGCAGCUGUUGAGCAGCAGCUUGAACAGCUUCAAACUGAUCGUGAUGCUGAGGAAAAGAAAGAAGAGCCAUCUGCUUCAGCAGGCACGGAUUUAGUGUUGUAUAGGAGAAUUGCUGAGGUUAAGGCUAAUGAGAGAAAAAAGGCUUUAGAAGAGAUCCUCUAUGCUUUGGUUGUACAGAAGUUUAUGGAUGCCAAUGUUUCUUUGGUGCCUGCAAUGAUGCCCUCGUCUACAGAUCCUUCUGGUCGAGUGGACAUGUGGCCUAGCGAAGAAGACAAACUUGAGCAGCUUCACUCACCUGAAGCCUACGAGAUGAUCCAAAACCACCUAGCUCUAAUUCUGGGAAAUCGCUUGGGUGACUCAACAUCUGUAGCACAGAUAAGCAAACUCAGGGUUGGGCAGGUCUAUGCUGCAUCAGUCAUGUACGGGUACUUCUUGAAGCGGGUUGACCAGCGGUUUCAGCUUGAAAAGACCAUGAAAAUUCUUCCAAAUGCUUCAAAUGGUGAAGAGAGUGGUAUUGAGCAAUCUGUCGGGGAGGACAUGAGACCUGCUGGUCUAGGAGACUCCUAUAAAGCUGUUUCAUCAGACCCUGAAGUGUCAUCUUGGUCUGGUAGCAUCAGUCCUGGAGGUUUUGGUCAUGGGAUAAAGCCCUGUCGAUUACGGACUUAUGUGAUGUCCUUUGAUGGGGAGACACUUCUGAAAUUUGCAGCAAUAAGAUCAAAAGAAGCUGUUAGCAUUAUUGAGAAGCACACAGAGGCCCUGUUUGGAAGACCCGAGAUUGUUAUAACUCCUCAGGGGACUGUUGAUUCUUCCAAGGAUGAGCUUAUUAAGAUUAGCUUUAAUGGUUUGAAAAGACUUGUUUUGGAGGCUGUUACUUUUGGUUCUUUUCUAUGGGAUGUUGAAAGCUACGUAGACUCAAGGUACCAUUUUGUUAUGAAUUAAGCUAUGUUGCAUUUCAUCCCUGCCAAAACCAACUUUGUGGCAGGGACUGAACUGACUAGAAUAUGGUUUAAUUGAGUGUAAAUUUGGUGAUUGUUACUUACUAAUUUGCACUGAUUAUUCUGUAUAUAGUAAUGUUUUUCUGUUGGAAUUUGCAUAUUGACACAGCUGUUUUUGUGAAAUUCGUCUUAUCUUUCAUCUUUAUUCUAUUA